AUGAAAAUCCCGGGAAUUAUAAUAUUCGGUUUAGUUUCCGCAUCUUGCGGCUGGAUCUUGACCCUGACGAGUACAGUGGCACCAAACUGGCGCACCAUCCACAACCUCAUUGGACAGCCCUCAGAAUUAAUUUUACACCAAGGCAUCUGGGAUAUCUGUAGGUCCUUUACAGAAUCCAGGGACGUCCUGUGCAACCACGAGGACACUGAAUACUUUAAUAAUCAGAUCAUCGAGGUCGCGCGCAGGAUGAUGGUGGCGUCUCUGAUCGUGACUUUAAUCGGUCUUUCCCUGCUGACAAUCGGAACCACCUGCUGCACCGACAGACCGAAGAUAAAGCUGGCAGGUUUCGGUGGAUUCCUUAUCUCUUCUUCCGGGAUUCUGGCAAUCAUCCCUAUCGCUUGGUACAACCACAUCCUGAUGGACAUCAACUCUCCGUCUACCGACAUCCGUAUCGGAUACUGCAUCAUACUUGGCUAUACAGGAGGACACGCAGAGUUUCUCAGUGGAUUUGUGAUAUUCACUUGGAUAUACCGAUGUUGUGGAGGAAGAAAUCGGGAACAGAGUCCCGACAUAAGUUUGGAACCGAGGCAUAAGACCACCGAAUUAAGCAUCAGUGUGACCCGGAGCCGCGCGAGCAGCGUCCCGUCGCACAUUGAGAAACAAGACAUCAGCGUGUGGCGAGCAAACAAAAUAUCACUGACCAUGUAGUCUCCAAGGCCUAUUUACAGUUAU